CUCCGUUUGUAGCAGAAUCUCUUUUGAAGGCCAGAAUAAAGACAGGGGAGCAGAUACAGGUGGCACCUUCUUUAGAAAGGUUGGUCUGGUUUGGUAACGAGAGUUGUAUAAAGCUUAUUAGUUUCAGGGCCAUUACAACACCCAGGACGACCACAGUCAAGGUCAUUCGUAGACAGAGUAGCUUGGUUGGAAAAAUAUUUUCAAAUAAAAUGAUUUCUUGCGAGCCAGUGAUAAUAAACUUCAUAACAUACUUUGGCACCAUAGCCGCAUUUACAAUCGUAUAUUUUGCAGAUAUACCUAAGCUACCCUUCCCUGUUCAAGGAUGCCUUUUGGAGGCAGAGAAUUCUCCAUCAUCAACAGCAGUCAAAUACCUCAUGUUGGCAUUAUGGGAUUUCCAUUUUCUUCGCCGGACGUUUGAGGUACUAUUUGUCCAUUUAUACAAUCGCAGGAUGCCAUUAAUUGAAUGCGUUGGUGCUCCAAUCUAUUACUGGGUCCUGGCACUCCUAAUUGCACAGUCAAUAAGUGGCACUGGCUUUGUCAUCACUUACAUCCCAUUGAUUGUCACAGGAGUCAUCCUAUUUUUGAUUGGGGAGUUUGGAAAUGCUUGGUGUCAUUUGCAGCUAAGAUUUUUCAGGACAAAGAAGCAAGAUAAAUCAUUUGUGUCUUUGGAGACAGGACACAUUAUGCCACAUGGGAAUAUUUUCAACUAUGUUUCCUGUCCCCAUUACAUGUUUGAGAUAAUCACAUGGCUGGGGUUUUUCAUCUUGACGUGGACACUCCCCUCAGCACUGUUGCUUUUAUUAACAAUUAUCACAUUGACAGUUUAUGGCAGGAAGAAGCACAACGCAUAUGUCAUAGAAUUUGAUGGCGAGCUUGACCGGCCUCUUUAUCCAAACACAAGGAAGGCUUUAAUUCCUUUCUUGUUUUGAGAGAGUGCUCACUAGCAUCAAACGAUGGUGGUCAUAGUCAUAUCAAUACCAAUUAACCAAAUUUUCUAGAGAUAAUUAUAUAGUAUUGUUACAAUAUGUUAGAAAGCAAUAUUUAAUAACCCUGCAUCAAGAUGAUUUAAAUUCCAACUACCUUAAAUUUAGCUAAAAGACACAGUUUAACAACAGUGCAAUUGUUUGCUAUAUCUUUAGUGACUGGCGAACUUUACAAUUACAAGAUGUUGAACAUCCAGAGUCUAUGUGCCAUAUGCAACAAAAUGUACUUGUGUCUUAAGAUUCAAUCGUUGUGUUGUCAAGAGGUACCAAUGAGUUCCAUUUCUUUAACAAGCAACAGUCUUUGUCAAGAGCUGAAAAUCAGUUGCUUGACAACCUGAGCACCUUAAACUCUCUAGGUGUUCAAUUGAGCAAUAUCAGAUAUCAUCAAUAGCCAAAUUUGGUCUUUUGAUUGUGUAAACAAGCUAAGUGCUUGAUUAAUCAAGCUCCUAGAACUCUUUAGGUGUGCGAGACUCACUUGAUGGAGCUUGAGGGCUUCUUUCAAGGCCUGACAAGCAAAAACUUUCUACCAUAAAGUCAAUCUCAUCUCAACCUUGUUCUUAAAAAACAUUAACAGAUUAUAUAGAAAACUUGUUUUUAAAAGUUGCUUUAUGGUCAUUCUUCACCUGAAUUAUAGCAAUAGUAAAUUGAGUUGAAGGGUACAUAGAUGUUGUGUCUACAAUGAGGCCCACAGGAAAAUCUUCUGGGAUCAAUGAGGAGUUUGGGAAACACCAUUUCUUUGUGCUAGAGAGCAUCCCAAAAAACAAAGCUUGAAAUUGCCAUCAUGCAAACCUCUCAGGAGAACUUUUUCAGAGAAACUCCCCAAAAUUUGUGUAGCAUUUGCCCCAAACCGUGCCCCCAAAUGACAGGGACACAUUUGCUCACAAUUUCCGUUUUCUUUUCAAAUUUUUACUGCUAUUUUAGUUAAGCGAUAAGUGUAGCCAGCCUUGAUCAUUACCAGGUUGGGUAUGAAAUUGCAGAACCGUCAAUGUGACCAACAGCACAUUAUCUCAUGUGUGGAAGCAUCUGAGAAGCAAGCAAUGAUGCCCAUAUAUACAAUACUAUAGUAUUAUACGUUAUUACUUUAGUUUAUAUACAUGAUUUCAUUGAUAUUUGGGUCACAAUGGGUUCAAGGUGUGAGUACAAGAAAUCUAGCAUAGAUGUAAGAACAUGCAAGUUUUCCAGCCUGGAAUUAUUUUCGAUUUGAAAAAAAUUGGUUGGAAAACAAAUUUCUUAUUUCAUUUCAUACUACAGCAUUUCAUCUCCCUUUUGAAAAGUAAACUUUUUCUUAUUUAUGCCCAACAGGCCUUUUUGCAAGAAAUAGCCCACACAAGUGGCCCAGCAAUUACUCUAAACAUUAUAGUAAUAAUCAAGUAUGCUAAAAGCAUCUGUAAUAUUCACAAGAACCAUAUAAUCCUGUUAUAUGGUAAUUUUGUUUAAGGUAAUAUAAAACGAAAAUGAGUGAUCUUCAAUGCACCCCAAGAGAGAUUAAAUACUGUACCCAACAUUAAUACUUCGUUUAUAAAUUCUAUGUACAUCACAUAUACACAUUGUUGCCAGAUAAUCCCAAGUGUUGUUCCAAAUCUUUUAAAAUAACACUUCAAUGCGAUGGAAAUGUUCCAUGUGCUGUUUUAGUUAAAAUACUAAGUACCUAUAGUAUUCCUAAACAUUUGCAGUGGAAUUGACUUUCAAAUGCAUUUUUUCCUUUUGAUGUGUUUCCAUAUGAGACGUGCUUCCAUAUGUUUCCUGUGUUUUGAUAUAUUAAAAACUUUGUAUGGUCUAUGUCACUUGCUUGUGUCACAAAAGAUGACUAGAAAUGUAUUUUAACUGAUGAUACAUUUAUUCCUUAUAAUUUGCCAUUCUGCAUGAGUGAUUAAAUGCUCCAAGGUUGGGUUAGCCAGAGUGCUGGGAUCAAACGAAAAGGCCUGGACAAGGCUAGAUGAAUUGAAAUUUUAUUUACUCCACAUUAAGGUUCUCGUUGUAGUGUGGAACUGACCAAGAGACACAUUUAAUUUCAACUUAACAGGUAAAGACUAAAAAGUCAAUGCAACAAUCAUGGCUUUUAAAAAAGGCAAAAUAUGAUAAUAACAUACCAGACUCCUAAGAUUCAUGCACUCAUCUCUUCUCAACCCACAUUUUGUCAUCUUUUAUGAUAUAACUGAGAAUAGGUUGUUGUAAAUCUCUCUUUUCUGUCUCUUUCUGAAGAAAAAUGUUAUAAGAAUCCUUCUCUUCACUAUUUUGUAUGCAAUAGCAAUCCUGAAACCAGUGCAAGAACAGUGAUUUGAGUGUACUGGAAUCUGGUGGAGCAGAAGCAGAACAGACCACAGAACAGGGUGGUGAUGAUGAACCAAGCCUCAUAUUGCUGGAAUAAGAAAUAAAGGAAUCUAAAUAGUAAAUAAUUUAAGGAUAUUGAUAAGAAGACUUAUCAAUAUCCUUAAAUUUCUAAUAUUAAUUUUUCCUAAAAAUUUAUUUAGCAUCAAUCAAAACAUUGUGAUCAUUUCUUCCAGAGCUUUUGCUAGGGAAAUACAACAAAUUAUUUUUCAAGAAACCUUCAGUAAAUGAAAUGCAUGGCUUUAAGAGAAUGUAAAUGUCUUAUAUCAAAACUAUUCUUUGCUCAAGACCAGUGGUAAAAACAGGAAAAAUUUGCAACAGCUAGAAAUUCUGCUGAAUUAUAGCCCUUUUAUGACUCCAAAUACAAUAUCUUUUGAAUAUCCACUUAUAAGAAGUUGGACCUUCAGUAUCAAAUAUCAAACUAAUUUCUUAACUAACUAAAAAAAAUCACACAAAGAUAUCAUAAAUAUACAUUAAAGGUUAACUACACAGAAUUGCUACAAUUCUCUUUCUUAAAUUUGAUUUGAUUCUCUUUUUAUUAUUUUGUAUCUAAACAAUCAUAAUGUGAUGGUUCAAAACCGAAAUUCUAAAAGAAAUCAAGUUGUGCCCAAAAUUAAAGAGGCCAUUAUAUUUCAACAAAACAGUUUUCUUGAAAUUUUAAAUCUUUUUCAACCAUCUCUAUUAUCAGUGACUUCUUCUACAGACCAAAUUCUACCCUCCCAGGAUGGUUUAGAUAGCAAUAAAUAGUGAAAUUUUAUUUUUCAACUAACUUCUAAUUGUGUUUGUGGGCUUUUUCUUAUUUCCUGAUGUGUUUUUUUUACAUUUUCAGGACCCAUAGGCAAAUACCAUCCACCAGAGAAAAGUACCUCAUAUUUCGAAAAUUUCAUCAACCUGUUAACAUUCUCAUCGCCAAAAGUUUUCAUCAAAUAACAAAUUGUUAAAUUUCUCAACCUACCCUUAUUAUUCUACUAAAUCUAUCUUUACUUGGAUAAGUCCUUUUGAUGGAGUCUUUCUGAGGUUGAAAAUAAAACUCCAAAGAGCAAACUCCUUAAGUCUGAAGCAAUAAUGUCUGUCAAUGGAUAAACUGGAAAGCAAAAAAACAUUAACAAUAUACACUAAUAUUGUGCUGUUAAUGAAAAUUUACAAGUUUUGUGAAUUCAAUUAAAUUCAAAUUGUAAAUUGAAUUCAAAAUACCCAUUGGUUUCCUACCUGAGUUUUCCAAAAAACGCACAUGCAUCUAGAAGAAAUGCAAAUAUCUUUGACACUACUGCUAACUCGUUGCAUUUUUGAGAAUCUUGGUAGAAAUAAUUGAUAUUGUCCACAACAAUCAGGGUUCUUGCAUCUUUGUAUUUGAUAUGGACAGAAGCCAUGAAUGCCAAGAAUUCAUUUUUACUUCCAAUAUAUACUAUCUGGAUUCUAUUGAGUAUCGGAGCAUUUGGUUUUUGGCGGCUUUCAAAAAGCACUGGUAGCUUGGUUAUUUUCUCAGGGGAGACAAAAAUAACUGAAUGUCCAAGACUUGCAUAGUGAAAGGCAACCUAGAGUUGAAAAUAUUAUCAUAAUUAGAAAAUAAUUCAAAAGAAUAACAAAAAUGUAGCUCUUUUAACAGCAGGAAAGAAAUAAAAAAGAAAAUGCUCUUAACUGACAUAAAAAGUGGAUAAGAGCAAAGAAAAAUUGAUCAAAAAAUAAAAUUGAAUAAAAUAGCAGGUAGUAAGGCAUGUCUAAAAUGGCAUUUCAAAUGAUUUUAGUGGAACUUGUUGCUGUGUAUAAAUUUCAAUUUAUGGAGGCCAGAGACCUUUCCGGAGCCAUUCAUUUGGCUUCCAGAAAUUUCUUACUAUGUCCUGUCUGCAAUCAUGACCUCGAUCAUGACUUGAAACUUUGCUGUCUUGCCAGACAUUACCAGCAUACUUCUUAGUGCAAACUGCAAUUUCAACUGUGCAAACUUAAUAUAGUGAUAUUUUGCUGUGGCUGCGUGCAAUAUUGAAACCUAAUUCUAAUUAUCUAAUGCAAUGAAACUCUUAUUAAUCUUCUCCUUGAUUGAUGUCAUUUAUUUUGUCAUUUGGUUUAGUUUUUGGUUAGUAAUUUUUAUUCACUUUUGCCGUUCAUACGCAGAUUGAAAUGAUCAAAUAAGUUUAUCAUGUCCUAGCCUAUAUAUAGAUAUAUAAUCAAAAUGCAUGGAUGAAAAAACGACCUCGAAUAGAAUCGAUGUUCUUCCGGAAGACGAGGGACCAUAAAUAAAGACUCUCCGUUGCUCCUUGAAACUCACAUCCGUCGAGCUUAGUCCAUCACUUAAAUCCGAAUAUUCUGUUGAAGAUGCUUCCCUUGUUUCAAGUAUCGCCCUAAAGAAGUCCAUACUAGAUAUGUUUGCUACAUCUAAACGUAUUUUGAUGGCCAAAUUGCAAUUUACGAUUUCCCGCCAAAAUUCUCCA